AUGGUCGGGUUAGGAAUCAACACCAAGAGUCUAGUACUAGAGUACUUUGGCAGCCACCCGGAGCAAUACGCCGCGCUAUCCCAUAUGUGGGCGGCCAACCAAGAGAUCUCGUUUCAGGACUUCCACCGGCUCCAGGAGGUGAACCACAGUGCUGGCGACCAGUCGACUUCUCACCUGCGCGCCAAGACUGGUUACUAA